AUGGUCGUGGCUUCUGAUGCGAUUCACCUGAUCAGGGCCCCUCAGGUGGUCCUUGUACAGUCCAAUGAUCAAAGCCCAAACACCAGCGCGCCAUCGAGCUCUCCCGAUGACGGCUCUGCAUCUCGUGGAGGCAUGUCGACGGGCGCCAAAGCAGCGAUUGGGACAGUCAUUCCACUCGUAUUCCUCGCGAUGGCUCUGGGGGCCUACUUUCUAAUCCGCAGACGCCGCCGGCAUCUCAACGACAAGAACGGUACGCAGCCGGAUCAAAACGAAGAAGCAGCUGCGGCGGGACAGGCUGAGCUGGACGGUGCUGGCGCCGCUUCAGCCUCCCCACUAUCGGGCAAGGCCGAGUUGGAUACAUCGGGUCAGAGAAUAUCAGAGCUCGUGGGCAGCCCGGGGACGGUGCCGGGUGUUCUCGAAGGCAUACAAGAACUUCCCGGAGACUACGGAAGAAGUCCGUCUGAGCUAGGCGAGCAUGGAUCGAGAGCCCCGGCACCAAGUCCGAGGCCUACAGAGGCAGACGAAACCGUAGUGCCUGCAGCCGGCCAAGCCUGCAGCGAUCACUAA